AUGGACGAGCCGCCGCAGCAGGCGAUGGGGGGGGGGGGGGGGGGGCAGGAUCGGAUCGGAUCAGAUCGACGAACUCAAGCAAGAUGUCGUCACCUCCGGCGGCGCCGCCGCCGCACCUGGGACAUCGGGCCUCGCUACUGGGCGUUGCUGCCCGAAGAUCUGAUCCGCGCGGUGGCGUGGCGCGUGCUGGCCUGCGGCGACCUGCUGGACUACGUCCGCUUGCGAGCCGUCUGCACCAGCUGGCGUUCCGGCGCCGACUCCCCGCGCGGCCGCGGCCUGGCCGACCGGCGCUUCCACCCGCGGCGCUGGAUGAUGUUUCCCGAGGGCCACCGCAUCUACCCCGGCCACCCAGACCUGGGCGGCUGCGCCCGGUUCCUCCACCUCGACACGGGUGCCCUGGUCCGCGCCCACGUCCCGCUCCUCGGCGACAGCUACUGGGCCGUCGACUCGAUCGACGGCCUCCUGCUGCUGGUGCGGGACCCGGACCCGGACUACGGCGGCGCCGUCCGCCUCCUCCACCCUUUCACCGGUGACUUCGCCGAGCUUCCACCCCUAGGGACGCUCCUCCCGCACCUGGGCCCGCAGCUCCACGGCUGUCCUCCUGAGUACAGGAUCAGGAAGCUUGCAAGAAUCGUCUCCGCUUCCGUUUCCUUCGACGCCGCCGGAGCCAUGACCGUCACGCUUGCACUUCCUGAGGUAGGCCGUGCGGCCUUUGCUACCCCCCUGGACCAGCAAUGGACACUGUCGAGCUGGGAACACGAAAUGGGGUUUCCAUUGUCGUUCCAAGGCAAGCUGUACGUGCUGCACACUCCCUUCGGAGAAGAUGUACACCAGGUCCUCCAGAUCAACCCACCUGUGCAGCAGGAUGGGGUGGGCGGAGGUCGGGUGCUGCCACCGCCAGAGCUGAUUGCCACAGUCCCUGAAGACAAGAUCCCCUAUCCUAAUUUAGGCCUGGUAGAAUGUGGUUCAGAGAUCCUGGUGCUUGGUAACGACUACUCUGAUUUAUAUGGGACGCAAAUCUUUGUUUACAAACUAGCAGACCUUGCGCUGCAAAGGUUUGUCCCAAUAAAAAGCCUCGGAGGCAAUACCUUGUUCAUGGAACAGAGGAACAUAAGUGUUUCCUCCAAGAUACUGCAUACGUUCAAGGGUGACAAUGUUGUCUACUUCACUGGCAGCAGGAUUGUGCAAUACCACCUCGGUAGUGACAGCUUGUCAACGGCAGUCGAUAAUUGCAGCCUGUUUGGCCGUGCACCAGGACCUAGUCCCCUCGUCCUGUACGUCUUCAGCUGCUGCAUUCGUAAUCCGUGGAGCAGGGGAAUAGUAUUCAGACCGGAUAUAGAGGGUUGUCCAUGGAUUAAAACAUGAAGAGCAAGUUCCACCAUAAUGAGGCGUAAACCGACAAGUGGUGAAACUGGCUACCUGUUAUCCUGCAUGACAAGGACGAUAUAUGAGAUUCUGGGCUAUUUUGACAAACAUUACCAUCCCUUCCAUUAUACCUUGUAAUAUUAAGCUACUAUUGUUGUUUAAAAUAUUUGUCUAUGUGCUGCAUUCUCGCACCGUUGAUGUAAUGUGGGCUUUUACAGGUCUA